GUGCCGUCAUGAAGUUCCUUCAUUUAUAGUUGGCAUCAACUUUGGUGCAUUUACAAUACAUUUAUUUGGUUUGUAGAUUGUAUGUUUAUUUUAUUAAAAUUUCACAUAUAUAUUAUAAAAGAGAAACAGAAUGCCUUCAGCCAUGGAUUCUAAACCAAUAAGUUGGGCUGAUCAAGUGGAGCAAGGCGAGGGUAGAUUGUCUACACAAUCGGAUUUAACUCCUGCUGGUGAAGUUAUACAUGGAGAUAAGAAAAUUGUUACAGAAUAUAAAGUAAAUGAGGAAGGUAAAAAAGUCAAGAUCAUUAGACAUUAUAAAAUUGAAAGGAAAAUGGUUUCAAAGUCCAUUGCAUAUCGAAAAGGUUGGAAGAAAUUUGGUCUGGCUGCCAAUGAUCCUCCUGGGCCCAAUCCUUCUAAUACCAUAGUAUGUGAAGAAAUAUUUAUGCAAUUCCUGUCAAAUAAAGAGGAGGAAAAAGGACAGGAAGAAGAUCCUUUGGCAAAAUUGAAAGGUCAGAAAAUGGUAAAAUGUCGUAUUUGUAAAGAUGAUCACUGGACCACUCAGUGUCCAUAUAAAGAUAAGCUCGGCAGUUUGCCUGAAUUGCUUAAAGAAGAGGCUGCUAAACCAGCUGCAACACCUACUGCUAACCCUCAAGUUGAGGAAAAAGUUAAGGCUGGUAAAUAUGUACCUCCAAGCAUGAGGGAAGGAGCUAAUAGACGAGGAGAAUCAAUGACGCCAUCAAGGCGAGAUGAAACUCCAACUAUCAGAGUUACAAAUCUUUCUGAAGAUGUCAGAGACUCUGAUUUGCAAGAACUGUUUAGACCAUUUGGAACAAUUGCUCGAAUUUAUCUGGCAAAAGAUAAAUCAACUGGACAAUCAAAAGGUUUCGCUUUUAUCAGUUACCAUCGUCGUGAAGAUGCUGCUAGGGCUAUACAAAGUGUUGAUGGAUUUGGUUAUGAUAACCUUAUUUUAAGUGUAGAAUGGGCCAAGCCCUCUGGAACAAAUUGAAGUUUUCCAUCUAUAGUGAAUAUUAAUCCAUAUUCUUGUUCUGUAUAUUUUACAAAAGUGUUUGAACUAGAAUAAUAUGGACUUUUUAUUAAAAUUAUCCAAAUCAA